GCGAGAGCCAGACGGAUAAUAUGCAGAAAGCGCAUGUGCGAAGCGGAACCUUUGAGACGGCGGAACUCUUUGGUAGGAGUGGUGAGCGGCCGUGGGGAGCGCACAACAUGGACGGAGCUGAAGCCAUGGCGCCACUCAGGGUGCUAGAGCUGUACAGCGGCAUCGGAGGGAUGCACUACGCUCUGAAUGCUUCGGGCCUUUCAGCAGAAGUCGUUGCAGCGGUGGAUGUGAACACCACAGCCAAUGAAGUUUACAAGCAUAAUUUUCCAGAUGUGUAUCUGUGGCCUAAAACUAUCGAGGGGAUCACUGCGAAUGAAUUCAACAGCCUUGACUUUGACAUGAUCUUGAUGAGCCCACCUUGCCAGCCUUUCACCAGGAUUGGCUUGCAAGGGGACAUAUCAGACAAGAGAACGCAAAGUUUCCUUCACAUCCUCGAUGUGCUGCCAAGACUAAAUAAACUGCCAAAAUACAUCCUUCUGGAAAAUGUUAAAGGCUUCGAGAGCUCCUGUGCCAGGAAUGCAUUGGUGGAAACAUUGAAGCGCUGCAGCUACAGAUACCAGGAGUUCCUCCUGUCGCCGACAUGUCUGGGCAUUCCCAAUUCAAGACUGAGGUACUUUUUGAUUGCAAAAGCAGAACCCGAGGUAUUCAUCUUUAAGACAACAGACCAGGUCCUGGAGGUUAUCCCAUGUCCAGACGUCGUCAGUCCUUCAAAGGAGGGAGAGCCUCCGACAGUCAGUGACGACAAGAGCAGCGAGCCUGGCAGACAGUUGCAUGAAGGGAAGUCCUUCCUUUUCAAGAUGGAAACAACUGAGCACCUGGCACGGAAACAGAGCCAAGACAGCGACGCGUCUGUGCAGAGGCUGCAGGGCUUCUUAGAAGAGGACGGCCUCGACGGCCCCCAGUAUCUGCUUCCCCCAAAGGUGCUCUUGCGAUAUGCCAUGCUGAUGGACAUUGUCACUCCAGUGUGCAGGAGAUCGGGAUGCUUUACAAAGGGUUACGGACACUAUGUGGAGGGCACCGGGUCUGUCCUGCAGUCUUCACCGGAUGUGGAGAUGGCCGCCGUAUUCAAGUCGCUGGAUUCUUUGUCAGAUGAAGAGAAGGUCCGCCGCCUCUUGAAGCUGAGGUUGCGUUACUUCACUCCAAGAGAAAUCGCCAACCUUCAUGGAUUUCCUGCACAUUUCUGUUUUCCCCAGAAGACGACACUAAAGCAGCGAUAUCGACUCUUAGGAAACAGUCUGAACGUGCAUCUGGUCGGCCGGCUCAUUCAGCUCAUGGUGGAGUGAAGCUCGGGGGGGUCCGGCGCUUUUAACGUUUUCUAAUAAAGAUGUCUUCGUUGUCCUGGUGUUCGCUGGUCGUGCGUCUCUACUGAAGGUGGCUGAUGGCCUCCCAUGCUGAGCGCAACGGAUGCGAAUGUGAAAGUUGGCAUAACGUGGCGUAAGUGGCACCGGGUGAGACGGCGGGCACCUCAACAAAAAAAUCACAAAUGAUGAGUCGAAUUCCACAAGGGGGGUCUCAUCAGUCCCGUUGUAUUCAUCAUUUCGUUAUCGGCCCCCCUCUCCAGUUUUGCUGUCAUAACCUACAAUUCUGCGGGGUGGGUUUCGCCGCCAUUCCCGUUUACAUGUGUUAAACACGGGGGGGCCUGCGUGGUCAGGGACCCC